AUGAUAUGUCUUUAUUCCAAGGCAAGAAACCUCCCAAGACCACCCUGGCUGAAACGCAACAUGAUCAUCAAGCGGGGACAACCCGCCGGACAGCAUCCAGAAUCCGAACAAACUGACGACGCCGCCGCCACCGCGUCCGGGUCCGCUGUCAAAGACCCCUCAACGACCGAGACGGGUUCCUCUUCCAAUCAGGACAAGGCCGCUGCCGAACCAGGAACAACGCCCACAGCAGACGACAAGCAAAAGGAUACAGAGCCAUGUCCUGGAGAUGGUAAUUGCAAUGGUGCAGGAGGAAACCACACGUGCGGAGGGUGCCCAUCUUUCAACCAGCAGCAACCUCCAGGGCGCCAGCAUCUCAUCUGCGCCAACUGUCGGACAACAACUACACCUUUGUGGCGCCGAGACAGCGAGGGCAAUACCAUCUGCAACGCUUGCGGACUUUACUUUAAGUUGCACAAUGUUCACCGUCCAGUAACCAUGAAGCGAGCGGUCAUCAAGCGGAGGAAACGCGUCAACCUCUUGGCAACAUCGCCACCACUUAUUCCUCAUCCAUCGCAACAUUCACAGCAUCCACACCAACAACAGCAGCAACAUCCUCAUCCACAUAUGCCCCAUAUGCAACAUCCACAGCACCAACACCAGCAUCAGCAGCAACAACAGCAACAUCAUCACCAUGUUCCCCCUCCUCCUCAGUAUCACCAGCGCCUUCAGUAUCCCAAGCCGUUGCCUCGAGCUAGGACACCCCCACCAGCAUCCGGCAUGGAGCCCAAUGGGCAUGAUGGUCAGAUGGAUCCAUCUGGUACUCCAACCAAGCGCCGGCGAAUCCUGGCUAGUGGUGCCAAUGGGCAAGCAGAUUAUCGAGAAUCAGAAUGGAACCGCUCAGGAAUGCACCGCAGGAGCAUGUCGCCUGGUGAAAAUAUUGGAGAGCAGGAUCGCCAUCAUUCGGGAUCUCCCCACCAGGGUUCCUCUUUUGGUCAUCAGCCGCCACCACCUCCACCGCCUCAUUCACAGGAUGCGCAUGGACACAUGAGGGAUCACUCGUCCUCUCAUCCUAACCAGCCUCCUCGAUACAUCGUCAACGUACACCAGGGCAACGGUCAAUAUCAACAUACGCAGUCGAUGAGCAUGUCUCGGUACCCCAUGUACCAUCCCCCGCCACCAAGAUCACAGCAGCAACCAUCCCAGGCACCACCAGCUCAGCAUCCAUCCCACCAGCAUCCCCAACAGCAGCCACAGCAACAGCAUGGCAACCCUCAUCAACAACAGGGUCACCCACAUCAUCCACCGCCUGGGCAGUCUCAGCCCCAGCACGAGCAUCAUCACCACCCUUCAUCGGGUCACGCGUAUUCGCCGCAGGGAUCUCGCGAUAUGGACGACCCAAAUUACCCUACAUCGCAUCACUCUUCAGGAUGGAAUCAGCGUUUGCCAGGGUACUCAACAGUGUCGUCGUCGACCUCAUCCAACACCCGACUCUCGUCCACAGGCAUUGUGCAUUCCACCGGACCUCAACCUCACUCGCCAACGCUUUAUCCUAGGUAUGCUCAGGGCGGGCAGCAGCAACAGCCUUACCAUCAUCCUCAGUACCGUGGACAGGGCGCACAGCCAGAGCAUGAGUACCAUCAUCCAGAGGUGUCUCCGCCGCAGACAUCCCAGCCACCGCCUCCACAGGGAGGUCAUCAUUAUAAUUCGGGAUCUUCUCCUGUGCAAGGCAAUGCCACCCAUGCGACCUCUGGAUAUUCCAACUCGUACCUUCACCCUAUGCCGCCACCCAUGAUGAAUUCAAGUUCGAGUGAUGGACACGGCGAACGGGAGCGUAGUGCGGGCAGCGUCGGUGCACCGAGCGGAUCGUCUCAUUUGCCACCCAUGCCGCACCCAUCACACCCCAACCAUCAUCAAGCGCUCCCACGGGCAUCUGAAAUGAUGCACCAGCAAGAUCAGCCUCCACAUCCAGGGCACCAUCAUGGUUACAGUCCCCAUCGACGACAGCCUUCCUCUCCUCCACUGCCGAUGAAUGGAGUGGCGAUUGGCAACACCGGUGGUCAUCCUCCUCCACCCCCAACACCCGCGUCGUCUUCGAUCAACGGAGUCGCCGCUACCAGCACCGAUGUGCUCCAGCAGACUCGCCAGGAUUUGCAACGCGAAGUGUCCCAUCUGUCCAUGCUGCUCGGAAGGGCAGCGGCUGUGUUGAGUGGACUUGACCAGGCCUUGGAUCCCAGUCAUGCCGCAGCGAAUGGAGGAUAUCCUCCUCCUCCACCUGGCCCUCACCAGGGACCUGCACCUGGACCCCCAGCAGCGCCUCAUCCAAUCCGCGAAAGUGGAUCGCCUGUCGGUCAUGGGUACGCGCCUCCUCCACCCCAUGGCGGCCACCCUCACGGCCAUGGACCUGCGAACAGCCAUGCUCCCCCUCCCCCACCUCCUUCGUCGCAGCUUGCGCAGGGACCUCCUCCCCAAUCGAUGAUGCCCAAUGAUGUGAAGACCAGCUCUGCGCUCGGUCUGAUGGCGUUGAGCUCGUCUGCUGGAUCCAGCCACCCUGGCAUGCUGGCAGGAGGCCGACAUGAUGAUCGCGAUAUGCAGCAGCAUCACCAGCAGGUUCCUCAGCCCCAGCACCACGGCCCAUCACCCACUUCAGUCUCUCGGUAUCCUCAGGCCAUGUCCUACUCGUCAUACCCAUUGCCCAGGAGAUCCUGA